CAAAAAGUCAGAAACGUGCCAUUCUCGCUUACCCCGGACUACCCAGUGGCAAUCACUCACGGAGUCCGGGGUUUUGCCUCUUGUCAGUUGGCAAAGUGGUUCUCAAAGGCGCAACCAUCCCUCACUGGGCCUAUCACCUGCAAAGUCCCACAACCCCAGCCUUCUUAACUUUGACGAUCCUUGCUCAUGCUCGUUAGCGAGGUGUUCUGGACUCUCUUGGCUUACACCACGAAUGAUUGACCUACUCCCUUUUUUCGAUGAUUGACAGCGCCGAGUCUUCUUGUCUGCGAAGCGCUAUAUCUGGGGAAGUUCGUAUCAAUUGAGUGCAUACGGACCGAGAGCCGAAACGUGGGUAUAUAUUCCUCCGCCUCGAUCGUCUGAACGUUCAGUCGACCCAAGUCCUUGAUCUCCUCUCCCAGGUCUGCACCACUUCAUCACAUCCUUGAUAAUACCUUCGUCCUAUACACCAUGACGUCCUACGACGCCCCAGUCGAGAAGGGGCUCGAUAUCAAUGAGAUUGAGCGAGCCGACAACAGACUAGAGCAGGUCAACACCCAGUCGUCCGUGAACUCGGACAAACUCAACGAUGCCCGGAUUGCUGAGUUCACCCCCGAGGAGCAGAAAAAGAUCAUCUGGCGCAUCGACAGACGCCUGGUCCUCACUCUAGGCUUUCUCUACUGUGUUUCCCUGAUGGAUCGUACCAACACCGGUAUCGCCGUCGUUGCUGGUAUGGGCGUCGAUCUCGUCCUCACUGGUGAUCGAUACUCAAUCAUCGUCCUCCUCUUCUUCAUCACCUACGUCUUGCUACAGCCCCCUGCCACAGUGGUCCUUCGCAAGGUCGGCCCACGUAUCUUCCUUCCAACUAUCACCCUUCUCUGGGGCAUGUGCAUGAUUUGCUUUGGGUUUGUGAGAGCAUGGACCGACCUCAUUCCUCUCCGAUUAGUCUUGGGUAUUUUCGAGGCUGGCUUCUUUCCUGGAUGCGCCUAUCUACUGAGCUGCUGGUAUCCGCGUUAUGAGCUCCAAAAACGCAAUGCUGUCUUCUAUCUCAUUGGCUCCAUGGCAUCCGCCUUUUCCGGUAUCAUUGCCUACGGAUUCUCCCAACUCAAGAAUCACGGCUCCGGUCCAGCAUGGUGGGGACAGCACUAUGGUCCUACCGCAGCAGACCCUACUGCUCCCUCGGGCAUUCUCCCCGGCAUUGCAGGUUGGAGAUGGAUCUUCAUUCUUCAGGGAACCGCAACCUGCAUCAUGGCCAUCGUGGCAUUCCUCUUCAUUGUCGACUUUCCCGAACUGUCCACCCACAGCUUCGGUUUGAAAUUCCUCAAUGAGAAAGAAGCCGCUUUCGUUGUUGCACGGAUUGAGAAAGAUCGUCAUGAUGCUAUCCCCGAACCAUUCAGGCUGGGAAAUUACCUCAGAAAUGCACUGGACUUGAAGGUGUGGGGUUUUGCAGCGCUAUUUGGUCUUACAACCACCAACACCUACGCUAUCGCGUACUUUUUGCCAAUCAUCCUCAGCGAUGGCAUGGGCUUCAAUGUCGCCGCCUCCGAGUGUCUUAUCGCCCCUCCUUAUGUUCUUGCCGCCAUUGUGAUGUUCACCUUCGCCGUGCUCGGCGACAAAUACCAUCUCCGUUCUCCCUUCAUCCUCAUCAACGGCUGUCUCUGCCUCAUUGGUCUGCCCCUCCUGGGCUUCGCCAAAAACGUUGGUGUGCGCUACUUCGGCGUCUUCUUGGCCACGACGGCUUGCAAUGCAAAUGUCCCUUGUGUGCUCACCUGGCAAGCCAACAACAUUCGAGGCCAGUGGAAGCGUGCUCUGUGCUCCGCAACCCUCGUCGGUGCCGGUGGUAUUGGUGGCAUCAUUGGUGGCACAGUGUUCCGUGAGCAAGACAAGCCUGCGUAUCACCCUGGUAUCAUUACCUGCAUGCUCGCCAGUGCCUUGAUUAUCGUCAUCACCCUGGCCUUGGACUUCAAGUUCUACCGAGCCAACAAGCGCGUUGACGCUGGUGGAAAGGAAAUUGAGGGUCUGAGAGGAUUCAAAUAUACUUACUAACGCCCUGUCAAAUGCAAUACGAUGGAAGCAGACCCUUGCAAAGGUGUCAUCGCUAGGGAUACAGCAGGCUCUGAGGCAGAGAUGACGUUGUUACUGUGUGCUUGGAGCGUCGAGGAGACGGUCCCGUACUAGGCAAAGACUAUCAGACAUAUAUGUACAUAUCGGAAUGUUCAAUAAGAAGUACACUCUAGCAACUAUUCGCAGGCGAUGAGUCUCAACGCUUGCCGUCGAGCCAGCCCCUUCUGCUAUGAUUCGGCUUAACUUCGGAUCACCCCCUCCUACAAAGAC